AGAAAGGGAGGAGUCUCGGUGAGCGGAAACACGCACUUAGGAAAGAGAGGGGAAAUCCGUGCAACUUGAGGAGAGAGAGUCCUGGUGCUUCUAGAGGUUGUGUGAAGCAUCUGCUCUCUUGUGUUUUUGGUUCUCCAAGCAAACAAUCUUUCCUUCGGCACGAAGAGAAAAGCGAACACAGGAGUUCGUUGACGUUGGGGAAAGAUAAAUAUAUACACAUAUAUAUGGCGGGGUUGGGGGGAAGAGAGAGAGAGAGAGGAAUGCAUCAAAGUGGGGGAAGGUGGGAAUUCGUUGGCAUUUCCAGAGAGAGAAAGAUGAGGCAGAUACUGGGUAGUUUGAUAUGGGUGGUGUUCUUGAUGGUCGGUAACCCCGUCCAUGGGAGGUUCGUGGUGGAGAAGAACAGCCUGAGAGUGACCUCUCCCGACUACUUGAAGGACGUGUACGAGUGCGCGAUCGGCAAUUUCGGGGUGCCCCAAUAUGGUGGAACCAUGGUAGGCAUCGUCGCUUACCCCCACGCGAACCAGAAGGCAUGUAAAACAUUCGAUGAUGCUGGUAUCUCCUUUAAGACGAAGCCUGGCGGGCUCCCAACCUUUGUGCUCAUCGACAGAGGAGACUGCUACUUUACAUUGAAGGCUUGGAAUGCACAGAAAGCUGGAGCAGCUGCUAUAUUGGUUGCUGAUGACAAGGUUGAGCCUUUGAUAACUAUGGACACCCCUGAAGAAGAAAAUGCAGGGGCAAGUUACUUGGAAAACAUAACUAUUCCCUCUGCACUCAUCAGCAAGGGUUUUGGUGAUAGCCUCAAGAAAGCUCUAGGGAAUGGUGAAAUGGUCAACAUUAAUCUAGACUGGAGGGAGUCACUUCCGCAUCCUGAUGAACGUGUUGAGUAUGAAUUUUGGACAAACAGCAAUGAUGAGUGCGGACCGAAAUGUGACAGUCAGAUUGAAUUUGUAAAAAAUUUUAAGGGUGCUGCUCAGAUACUUGAGAAAAAAGGCUAUACCCAAUUCACACCUCAUUACAUUACUUGGUACUGCCCUGAAGCAUUUAUUUUGAGCAAACAGUGCAAAUCUCAGUGCAUUAACCAUGGUAGAUAUUGUGCUCCGGAUCCAGAACAAGACUUCAGUCGAGGUUAUGAUGGAAAAGAUGUUGUGGUUCAAAACCUAAGACAGGCUUGUGUUUUCAAAAUUGCCAAUCAAAGUAACAAGCCUUGGCUGUGGUGGGAUUAUGUGACGGAUUUUGCAAUCAGAUGCCCAAUGAAAGAGAAGAAAUAUAACAAGGAGUGUGCCGAUAAAGUCAUUACAUCCCUUGGUUUGGAUGUUAAGGAGAUAGAUAAAUGCAUUGGAGAUACUGAAGCAGAUGUUGAGAAUCCCGUUCUUAAGGCAGAGCAGGAUGCACAAAUUGGGAAAGGUGAUAGAGGAGAUGUAACUAUUUUGCCCACUCUUGUCAUUAACAACAGGCAAUAUAGAGGAAAAUUGGACAAAUCUGCAGUGUUGAAAGCUAUAUGUGCUGGUUUCCAGGAGACCACUGAGCCAGCUGUUUGUCUGAGUGAUGAGAUUGAAACAAAUGAAUGCCUGGAUAAAAAUGGUGGUUGCUGGGAGGAUAAGGCUGCAAAUGUUACUGCUUGCAAGGAUACAUUCAGAGGAAGGGUAUGUGAAUGUCCAGUUGUGAAUGGCGUGAAGUUUGUGGGGGAUGGGUACACUCAUUGUGAAGCUUCUGGAGCUGGACGUUGUGCAAUUAAUAAUGGUGGUUGUUGGAAGAAAACACAAGAUGGGGUCACAUACUCUGCUUGUCUGGAAAGCGAACCUAAGGGCUGUAAGUGUCCCCCUGGAUUUAGAGGUGAUGGUGUGAAGUCAUGUGAAGAUGUGGAUGAGUGUAAGGAGAAGCUUGCCUGCCAAUGCUCUGAAUGCAAGUGCAAGAAUACAUGGGGAAGUUAUGAAUGUAGCUGUAGUGGUGAUCUUUUGUACAUGAAAGAACAUGAUGCUUGUAUAAGCAAGAAACCUGCAUCAAAAGUUGGUUGGAGCUUUAUGUGGAUUAUUUUUCUUGGCUUUGCUGCAGCUGGCAUUGGUGCAUAUGCUAUCUACAAGUAUAGGAUCAGGAGGUACAUGGACUCAGAGAUCCGUGCAAUCAUGGCUCAGUACAUGCCCUUGGACAAUCAAGCAGAGACAGGUCCAAAUCAUAUUCGCGGUGACAUCUGAUUUGGUCAACAAAAGUUCGUAUCCUUAUACUAGCUCAACUGGGAAUAACCCAUGUUUUUUAUGGGAAUCCUUUCCCAAGUUGGUGUUGCUGCCACUGUUACUGCUGUACAUGAGCACACGUGGUAGAUCCUUUUUGUUUAUUUCUUGCCUUGUAUAUCCGAUGAAGACCUUUCUAUCUUCAAAUUCUCUUCUCACUUAAUUAUCAAAGUUGAAUUGUUACUUA